AUGUCCCUUCCUUGUAUCCAGUCCUCUUGCAAUCUAUUAGCAUCAUGUUUUGCAAUUCUUUUCUUGGUCUUGCUUCAAACCAAGAUUGCAACUUCAGCAUUGAUAAUGAGCAUGAGAAACCACCAUAACAACCACCAGCAUAGAAGGCCAAUGCUGCAAGGUAAUCAAAGUACUUGUGCAUUGUUUGUUGGCACUUGGAUUCGUGAUGAAUCCUACCCAUUGUACCAAUCUUCUAGUUGUCCAACUAUUAUUGACGCUGAAUUCAAUUGCCAAAUGUAUGGUAGGCCUGACUCUGAUUAUCUCAAGUAUAGAUGGCAGCCUCUCAAUUGUGAGCUCCCAAGAUUCAAUGGACUUGAAUUUUUAAUCCAAAUGAGAGGGAAAAGUAUGAUGUUUGUGGGGGAUUCUCUUGGACGGAAUCAAUGGGAGUCUUUGAUUUGUAUGAUUUCAUCGUCGGUGCCGAGAACUUCUACAAAAAUGAGCAGAGGAGAUCCCUUUUCCAUCUUCAAGUUCUUGGAUUACGAUGUGUCUAUGUCAUUUUAUAAAGCUCCAUAUUUGGUAGACAUAGAUGUGGUACAAGGGAAGAGAGUUCUAAGGCUAGAGGAAAUUUCCGGAAAUGCCAACGCCUGGCGAAAUGCUGAUGUGCUGGUGUUUAACACCGGUCACUGGUGGAGUCACCAAGGUUCUCUCCAAGCAUGGGAUUACAUGGAAUCAGGAGGUACAUAUUACCAAGAUAUGGAUCGUUUGGUUGCUUUGGAAAGAGGACUAAGAACAUGGGCCAAUUGGGUGGACGCCAAUAUUGACACUGCAAGAACCAGAGUCUUUUUCCAGUCCAUCUCUCCGACACAUUACAAUCCAAGUGAAUGGAGCGCGGGGACAACAAUGGCAACAACGAAAAAUUGCUAUGGUGAGACUGCACCAAUGAGUGGAACAACAUACCCUGGAGCAUUCCCUGAUCAAAUGAGGGUAGUGGAUAUUGUGAUCAGGGACAUGCAUAAUCCUGCAUAUUUGUUGGACAUCACAAUGCUCUCAGAGUUUAGAAAAGAUGGGCAUCCAUCGAUUUAUAGUGGCGAUUUGAGCCCCCAGCAGAGGGCGAAUCCUGACAGAUCCGCUGAUUGUAGCCAUUGGUGCCUUCCUGGACUGCCUGAUACUUGGAACCAAUUGUUCUACGCUGCCCUGUUCUUUUGA